GUUAAAGUCGCAUGCGGCAGCGGAGCACUGGAAUCGGAGCACUGUAAUCUCCUUAAGAAUGAUGGAAAACGAUGACACAGAAAAACAAACUAAAAGCAAAGGGAAAGUGCUAAUGCAGAAAGUUGCACCUGCUAUUUUCCUGGUAAGCAUGGGCAGCUUCAUGUUCUUUGGUGGGUUUGCUACAGCUUUUUCAUUGGCAAAAAAGCAAGAUCCAAAAGGAUUUUCCAAGGGUAUGAUACGUUCAAAGCAAUUACCUGACAGUGGAUCGGCCAUUGCUUCUAGGGCACUGGCACGUGCCACCUUAUACUCAUUUGGUGGAUUUGGCUUGUUCAUAUUUAUUACUUGUGCUGUCCUUGGAGUGAGAACUCCUAAGGAAUUUUCCGCAAAGAUGAAUGAAGUAAUUCCUAAAGCACCAAAAAAGGAAAGUACUGGGCGUAAUGAAUUUGACUCUUUCAGAGAGUUGUUUACCUACUUAGAAGAGGAGGACGCUAAAAAGACUGCAAAAUUAGCCAACAGAGAAUUGGGUUGUGACAGUAAAACUUCUCUUGGAACAGAAAAAGACAGGUAGCAUGAACUGGAUUUAUUAUAAAAGAUUCACUAUUCAUGUGGAUGAGAUUUUUUUUGGUAGUAGACAGAUUGACUAGUAUGUGGAAGAGUAAGUCUGUGAACAGAAAGAGAAUACCCAAGGUCAAUUGUGCUACCACGAAAAACUGGGACAUGACAGUGGAGCAGGUAUGCCAAACUACUCAUCAUUUCUAAGCAUCAGUGAGAUGUGUCCUUGCAUGUGCUCAGGGACUUAUCCAUGUGAUUAAAUUAAUUGCAUUGGAGGUCAAUCUCAGGUAUUUUUUGGGCUGGAUCAAAGAUGGCCUGGUACACUCAGUUUUGUUAACUUCCACAUCAAAAAAGUUUACUUGGGAAUUAUGAUGAAAUGUUUUUGUUGCUACCAUCUCUAAAUAAUUUGGUGAUAGUAAAAGUGAUUAAAACUUUGAAGUGACCAAAUGAGAGAUUUUCUGUCUUCACAAUAUAGAAGAAACUUAUUCAAGGUGUGAACCUGGGUUUUUGGAAAAUCUCUGAACAUUUAUUGUAGGACCAACAUUUGCCUGAUUAAAAAUCACAAAACUCUGAAAUUCCACGGAAAAAGGUCAUACCUGCCAUUCAGUAAGUGAUCUGGGCAGUUUCAAAAAAGGAUUGGUCUUGAAGUGAGAAAAGGUCAUCCAUAUAAUAAGGGUUCAAUGAAAUGAUGUCUUUAUUUAUUUUUAUUGAAGACUUGCAUGAAGUCUUUUAAAAUUAGUUCAGACGAUCAUUAAUUCCUGAUGCCAGAUUUGUCAUCUUUUUAUCCUACAUGCCCAAACAUUUGUUUUAAUGCAAUAAAAUUUUUAUUGCCAAGUUUAA